AUGGCAGACCUUCUAUAUGACCUCUUGAGGUCACAGUCAGGGGAUGCCUCUCCUCUGCCGGCGACACCGGACCCCGAGGCUCUGAGCUACCUCACAAGUCUCACCUCACAACCCCUCUCAUCACUGGAGACGACUGAGCCCCAGUCGCUCUCUCAUUCAUCUCACAGCCUCCUCCUCUCAUUGCAAGCGCUCUCGAAGAAAUCGCACAAGCCGAUUAUCGAGUCGGCCUCACACCACGCUUCCCUGAGGACUACCUUGCCGGCCCUCGCGGCAAGCACCGCCGAGCUACGGAAUGCCAUCCCCAAGCUUGAUAACGAGGCCGUGCGAUUCUCCACAACAUACAACAAGGCCAGUGAGAAUGAGAUAUUAGCCAGGAGGAAGCGGGCGCUACUGCUCUCGCGCAACGGCGAGCGCCUUGUCGACGUACUCGAGCUACCGACGCUGCUCAACUCGGCCAUAUCGACCGCGCCUGUCAACUACUCUUCGGCUCUGGACCUCAAUGGCCACAUCAGGCGCUUGCACUCCCUCUACCCAAAGUCGCCGCUAGUGACAUCGAUAUCGGCACAGGCCGACGAGUCCAUGCGAGCCAUGGCCGCCAGCCUCAUCUUGUCCCUAAAAUCGCCCAGCCUAAAGCUGGCUGCCUCUUUGAGAACGAUAAGCUGGCUGAGACGAGUGCUGCCGGACCUCGAAUCGCCCGGCAGUCUGGGCCAUGGCCACAGCUCUCAGGAGCGAGUCUUGGGAGCUAUAUUUCUCGUCUGCCGCCUGGCAACGCUGAUGACCAUGCUCGAGGCUCUCGACCCUCUGCGUGAACUGGCAGACCAGGAGAAAGCACGGCAGAAGUCGAUUGGCAGCGGCAACGCGUGGUCCGGCGGGCAGCAGACAGAGAGAUACCUGAAGAGAUACAUCGAGAUAUUCCGCGAGCAGAGCUUCGCUAUCGUCUCUAUGUUUCGCAGUAUCUUCCCUCCCCCAGUUCAACCCGAGGGUGGUGUCGAUACACAGCCGCAAGAUCCUCUCGAACCCCUUCCCGCAGCACUGUCAACAUUCCCUCUAUAUCUGGUAGACAUGCUGCUAGAAACACUACGCCACUAUCUCCCGACGGUUAAGGACCAGGCUUCGCGGGACAGUCUACUCACUCAGGUGCUGUACUGUGCGGGCAGUCUGGGAAGGUUGGGCGGCGAUUUCGGACUGUUCCUGGCAACUCUCGAUGUCGGCAGCGAAGCCGAGGGUGAAUGGGUCGAGGUGGUCAAGCGGCACCGGCUCCUUGCUGGCCGCCUUGAGUCUAUCGUGGGAGAGGGAAAAGAAAAGAACUUGAAGUAG